AUGGCAGCGCGAGAAUUGUGGGUAGUGGUGAAGCGUGAGGUUAGGGAUAUGCUCGCCCCGGGUCAGGCAGAGAGGAGGGGUGCUGCAUCUCCGGACAGCCCACCGAGGAUAAACCAAAGGCAAGAUGGCACCUCGACAUCGCUCCCCCCGGCAGUAUUGCCACCUGCCAUCUCUCGUCCACCGCUCGAUGAUGCCGACGCUACGUCUCUUGCGCUUGCGCCAGUAGCGACGACGACCGCAGCCAGUACCACCUUGGUUGUAGCAGAGACGUCAACGAGCACGCCGAGCUCGUCAGCAACCGCGGAGCCAAGCGAGAGCGACUCCGGCGAAAUCAGCGGGGCGGCCAAGGCUGGCAUUGUCAUCGGCGCGCUGGCGGGUAUUCUGGCAAUUUUUGUCCUCGUGUAUCUGAUCUUCAACUCGCGGAGGAAGAAGCUCGCAAGGCGGAGGCAGCAGAUCGAAGACGACGAGAAGAUCAACGGUCCCUUUGCCGACAGCGCCGAAAUCCGGCCAGUUCCCCCGGCCAAGGCUCCGCGCCUUAGCCUGCGCCCGGUCACGCAGUUCCUUCCCAACUUUAACGCCCAACAUGGCGAGAGGCGCCAGAGCCGGGGCAUCGCCCUGACUCUCAACCCGGUCUCCAACUCGGCAUUGAGCCGCCCGACAGGCGGCAGCGCUUGGGAGCGCCCGACUAUGGCCAGCCCGCACGCCCCAUCAGCUCGAUGGGCUCCUUCGACCACCGCGUCGGCGUCGCAACGACAUCCGACUCAAUCCCAGAACCGAGUCUCGCCCAUCCUCGGCGACGACGAGGACGACAACCGCCGCCAGCCCAGCAUGGUGUCCAACCUCACGCGCAAGACCUCGAUUCGCAAGGACCUGCCCAAACCCCUCGACCUAACCAAACCCCCCUCACCGCUGUACGCCAUGCCUCCGAGCCCGUCCGGGACCGAGUUCUCGAUGCACUCGGUGGCGCCGGGCCAAUCCCCGGGUCCCUCGGCGAGCGCGGCAGCCAUUGCGGCGGCUGGCGGGCCCUCGCAGUCGACCGUCCACCGCGUGCAACUCGACUUCAAGCCGACGCUGCAAGACGAGAUGGGCCUGUACGCGGGGCAACUAGUGCGCCUGCUCCACGAGUAUGACGACGGCUGGGCCCUCUGCAUCCGCCUCGACCGCUCCCAACAAGGCGUCGUCCCCCGCACCUGCCUCUCCACCCGCCCCGUCAAGCCCCGCCCUCAACAACAACAACCCGGCCCACCCCACGCCAACCACAGCGGCAACCAGCGCGGCGGGCCCCCCAUCAACCCCUCAUUCCACUUCGGCCAUGGCAACGGCGGCCAAGGUAGCAGUCGGCCGCGCUCCCCAGCCGGUGGUGGUGGUGGUGGCGGUGGCGGUGCGUUCCCGCCGGUGCCCCUGGCCAAGGAUGAUCGCUAUGGUGGGCGGCGCGCGCCGAGUCCGCGCCUGCAGCACGGGGGGUGGAGGGGUGAUGGGUAUGAUGAUGGCGAGGGGGAUGUGAGUCCGGCGCCGGGGCAGGCAUACUGA